AUGAAGCUGAAGGCCAGUACCUCCGAUGCAGAGACAUUGGAGAAUGAGCCUCUAGUGCUGACCAAGGAGAUCAACACCUUGGUUCAGAAGAAGCUGCCUCAGAAGCUACCAGACCCCGAAAGCUUCCUGAUUCCCUGUACCAUAGGGACAAUCACCUUUGAGAAGGCACUAUGCGACUUUGGGUCCAGCAUCAAUCUCAUGCCUCUAUCUAUAAUGAAGAGGCUGGGAAUUCUAGAGGUCCAACCUGCUAAGAUCUCGUUGGAGAUGGCAGACAAGUCCUUGAAAAGGGCAUAUGGUAUGGUGGAGGAUGUCCUGGUAAAGGUUGAAGACUUUAUCUUCCUGCAAAUUUCGUGA